CGUGUCGAUUGUCAUGAUUGUCCCACACUUGUCGAAUCUACUGGUCCCUGUGUUGCUGUUCCCGUGCUGAUCCCUCCACCUCUGACGUCGUCUUGGUCUCUGGCGAUCAGACUUGAUCGACUCUCCCCUCGAAGCAGCUCUCCAAUCCUGAUAUAAAUCAUUGCUUUUGGUCAUUCUUCUGCUCCCAUAAGUCUCUCCGCGCAAAAACCCAGUCACAACCCCGCGGCUCCUUUCUCGACAUCGCUUCCAACCUCGAAAAUCUUUCGAAAUUGAUGAAUAUGCCCGGAAAGCAGGCGCUACAGGACCGCAGCGUCAACAUUCCUCCCGCGACGCAAACGCGCGACGGGGCCAAGUCCACAGCGAGCAAGAAACGCAAGAGCGACAGUAACGAGAAUCAUGCUGAUCCAGACGAUGGGGAAGGGCGUCAUGACUUUGAGAGUGGCCCGAACCCAAACCCGAAAAAAAAGGUGAAGAAGAACGAAACGACCGGCACGACCGGAACCGCGCAGGGGAAGAAAAGCGCGAGCUCAAAGUCCAAAAAGGAUGACGAUAACGACGUCUCGUCCAUCACCCUCGACGGCGAAGACGGCGACGCCGUGCCCGUCUACGACACGUGCGACGAUGUGCGCACCAAGAUCAACCGCUUCCUCCGCGAGACGCCCGCGGCCAGCAACGCGGGCUUCGUGCGCACCAUCAACGCGGCGCUCCCGCCCUCCUCGACGGGCCAGAGGGCCACGGCGGCGCAGCUGGGCCGGUUCCUGAAGAAAAAAGGCCCCACAGACGGCGCGGAGAGCCCCGUCUUCUAUGCGAGCUACGUCUUCUUCGAGAAGCUGCGGCUCCGACGCGGCAAGCCCAAGACCAAGAAGAGGGAGGAGAUGGAGGGCGUGUGGGGGAGCAAGGGCAUGCACUUGUCGGAUCUCGGGAGGAGGCCCGUCAUCUGCCAUGUCAGUGAGAGGCCCUACACGGACCAAUACGGCCAGCUGCGGUUCGAACGUCGAGGGAGGCGGUGAAGCUUGUGUAAUUGUAAACAGUAUUUUGAUAACUUCGGGUAACAGUAUGAGAGUUGGGGGAAAAGGGAAGGAGAGCGGGUGAUAUCGAGACUAGAACUCAGACACGCGGACGGCCCUGUGUGCCGCUGUUGUUUGGGGUGUCGCUUAGCCUUUAUAUUGUACUGUAUUUGUACAUCAUCGCAACGCAAACAACCUUAUAGGGAUUUUGGGACAAGUUAUUCUAUUGUAUGCGAUCUUAUGGC